UCUCCUUUCUCCGAUUCAUAUUUUCUCUCAAUUCCACAUUGAUUACUCUUCUAGAAUUCGAUUAUUUAUCACACCCAGUUUUUUUUCUGAGGUUUUUUUAAAAAUGAGUUUUUGGUUUCGGUCGGUUAAUCAUUGUCUUAUUGGAUGCCUCCUCUCCCGUAGAAUGGGAAGGUCGCCAUCGCCACGUCGUGUUGCAUUUCUUUUCGGGAGAGAUCUAUGCGAUUCAUUAAGAAGCUUUUCUUAAUUUUGUGGGAGAAUUCUCGUGAGAAGCUUUUUUGGUGGGAGAGAAAGAGAGAUUUUAUUCUGACAAGUUAUUAGUCCAUUGAGGUCGGGCUGUCAAGUUUUGACAGCCCGAGUUAGAAGCUGCCAGGACUCUUUUUCUAUUAAUGAGAUUGGUAUGCUAAAUUUGGAGUAUAUUGGAUUAGAUUGUGGUUAUCAUGGGUUCUUUGUCUGGGAUCCUUCAGCGGCCACUUGUUGCUGCUGCUGCUGUUAUUGCCGCUUCUGUGUCUGCAGAUGUCUCUGAGAGGUUCUCAUCUCUCAGAUCACUAGUUCGAGGUUCUGAUUCGGAGCAGAUUGCUCCUUCGGUGCCCGGUUCAGUUCAGGACGAAAGGUCCUUGUGGGUUUCUCAGGUCUCGGCCUCCAAGCUCUCGGAUUUAUCUUUUGUGUCGAGGAUUCGUGUUCCUGUACCAAGUGUUGAUCUCUUAGCUUCUAAUCCGAGCUGUAGUCUCGCUACUUCUGUUACUUCUCUGUCCGCUCUUCGUUGUGUUUAUCAGUCUGCUGAAUUGGCUAAAGCAUCAAAACCAUCGGCAUUCACAAUCAGGGCCUCGCUUGUGGUUCCUGAUAUUUCCUACAGAUGGCAUUUACCUGAGCCCAAUGCAAUCGAUUUGUCUGGUUCCUCGAGUUGUGUGUCUGAGAAGAAUAGAACUGUUGUGGUUUUGCUUGGAUGGCUUGGAUCAAAGCAGAAGCAUCUGAAGAAAUAUGCUGAUUGGUACACUUCUAGGGGUUAUCAUGUCAUUACAUUUACUCUUCCCAUGAAUGAAAUUAUGAGUUAUCAAGUUGGAGGAAAAGCAGAGAAGAACAUCGAGUCAUUGGUUAAUCACUUGGCUGAUUGGUUGGAUGAAGAGCAAAAGAAAAAUCUGGUCUUUCACACCUUCAGCAACACCGGGUGGUUAACAUAUGGAGCUAUUUUGGAAAAGUUUCAGAAGCAAGAUUCAUCAUUGAUGGGAAGGGUUAAAGGUUGCAUAGUGGACUCAGCUCCUGUUGCUGAUGCAGAUCCUACGGUAUGGGCAUCAGGUUUCUCAGCAGCGUUCUUGAAGAAAAACAGCGUAGCCACUAAAGGAUCUGCGAGCUCGUCAAAUGAGUCAAACAUAGGAGCAAGAAAUAACGGUAUAAACUUCUCCCAGCCUAAACCCGGUGCAACAGAAACAGCUCUGCUUUUGGUUCUUGAAAAGUUCUUCGCGGUGAUUCUAAAUCUUCCGAAAGUAAACAGGAGACUUGCCGAUGUUCUAGACACUUUAUCAUCAGCACAACCAAGAUGUCCACAGCUAUACAUAUACAGCUCUGCAGAUAGAGUUAUACCCGCAGAACAAGUUGAAUCAUUCAUUGUAGAACAGAGGAAAGCUGGACACGAGGUCCGUGCUUGCAACUUCAUAUCUUCACCUCAUGUAGACCAUUUCCGGAGUAACCCAGAACUGUAUACAGCUGAGCUCAACCAUUUCAUGGACAACUUUGUCCUUUCUUGCUGCAACCGUUCUUCAUAGCGACUUCCACAAAUGUUGUUGUCGCUAACCUUUUUUGGGGUCAUUUUUAACUCUAUACAAAAAAAAAAGAAAAAAGUUACUGAUUGAUGAUUCUUUUUGGUUUGGAUAGGUCUAUAGAUUCAAAUUCAUUCCUUUGUAUAUUGUUGGAUAUUGUACAUUUAGGAGAAUGAGAAGAUUCAAGAAAGUGACGGUUCUUGUCCUUUGUAUUGGAAAUUUGGGUCCUUUGUUAUAUGUUCAGAGAGGGUUGUUAAGACCCCAAUCAUAAAGUAUUUGGCACU